CCUGACCUCCUUUCCACAGAAGGUGUGGCAACGCCCACAUACUGCUUAGCUAAGUGACCAAAUACAAUGCUGAUCAAGUUUCUCUCCAUUGAACAAUUGCAGCCAUCAACUGUCAGCCCCCUAGAGAGCAGGGAUAUAUCCAGCCUCCAAUUAUUAUUGGCUAUUGAGAAACCAUCAGCCUAGCCAUCGACAAUGUCGAAAAUUAGACAUUUCACGAACAAGAUGACCCGGACAAAACGCACCAUCAGCAAUGCUAGUCUGGACGCUGAUACUCGACGAGGCUCCAUUUCUGAGAGGGCUCGAAGUGUGUCUGAAAUAAUGGAUUCCUCUAAAGUACCUCGUAACCAUGAAUACCUUCUCCUCUACCUGGGCUAUGCGUGGGUGGGUGAACCUCGCUCCACUAAAGAGCUGCAAGCUGGAAUAAGGAAUGUUCAGACCAGUAGUCUCACGCAACGCACAGUGUCUGUGACCCAUAGCAACGGUGACUUAACUGUGAUGGAGAUCUCUGGAGACAAGCUGCUCGAGUCCCCACUACAGUACGUGGCACAGGUUGCUCCUGACGAUAUCAAGGGCUCUGGUCAUUGUGUGGCUAUUAGCUUCCAUUCUGGACACAACGAUAACCAGUGUCACGUGUUCCAGGCCAAGACUAACAGAGAGGCCGCAGACGUGGUACAAGCUAUCCAAAAAGCGUGUCGAAGUGCGACCAAAGGUCUCAAAAGCCGUAAAACCUCAGACGCCACGUUCCCCCGUCCCAAGAGCUCUCAGUCCGAGGCCCAGCGUAUGCCACGCCCCCGUAUGUGCAUGGAAGACGAGGACGAACUGCUAGAAUUUAAAAAAGCGCCCUCUGCAUUCAGUUCAAGUAAGAAGUCUCACAAUCGAGUUUCCAGUGAGUUACUCUCAAGUACGUCGCCCUCUUCGGCUAGUUCUCCUCGAGCAAGUAUCAAUUCAUCAGAUUCAAUGGCCUCUCGCUCGAAGUCUAAACGUCGGAACAUGUCGGGGAUUCCUAGCGACGGUAUGUUCACUAGGGAAGAUCGGGUGAACCAGCUGUCCAGUGCUGUCUUUAAAAUAAGGGAGAAUAACAGUUUUCUGAAAGACAAGGCCAGUAAGGUAAAGAACCCGAGCACUCCAUUUGAAGACGCCCUCUAUGCUAUGACAACUGAGAACUUGGAGCUGCUACGUAACUACUUGUCUUGUGGUCAUGUGAGCUCCAAUGACACUGAUGUGAAUGGAAACACUCUCCUGCACUACUCCGUUGCUAUGGGCAGAAUUGAUACUGUCAGGAUAGUUUGUAAUAGUAGUGGUACAUCACUGGAGGCACCUGGUUGGAAUGAUUGCCACGCCCUCCAUCGAGCAGCUGCCGAGGGCAACAUCCCCAUCUUACAGCUGCUACUGCGGAGGGGAGUCAACGUCAACGGCAUGGACAUCAUGAGGCGGACCCCACUGCACAUCACAUGUGGUAAGAUGGAACUGGUGGAGUGCUCUAUUGCUCUACUUGAGUAUGGCGCACAGAUCAUGGCCACUGAUGUUCUGGGACUCAGGCCAUGUGACGUCAACCCUGAUCUCAAGGAGGUUCAGAACAGACUCAUUAACUCGGCCUGUGAAUCGUUUGUUUCCUCUCAAGUUCGAGACUCUGGUCUGGUAUCCUCCCCAUCUGCCACGCCCUUCUCCUCAAGCCCCACCUCCACGCGCCCCUCGUCAAUUGCCAGUGCCAAGUCACAUGACCUCUGUGCGGAUGUAGACGGGCAAUUAUCUCACCUGCUGGACACAGUGUCGCUGCGAGCUAGAGCACUACAUAGAGUGUACGCUGACAAGACUAGACAUUCCCUUACUCACAGGACAACUCGUAGUCAUGACAAUCUGUCAGAGCUACAAGAGAAAGACGAGGAUGAGAUGGCUAGGAAGGAUCGACUUGAGCUCAAGUUCCCGUCAGAGUUGCAGCUGUACAGCACUGCGUAUGCGGUGGAGGGUGACGCUAAUGCCGUACUGAGUGCAAUGGAGCGUCUUAAAACCAGAGCAGGAGAUUUCAAAAACAAGAAGGGCCUCCGGGUAGACAGUGGGCGUGGCCUUUCCCUGGACCUGGAUGUAGAGGACUGUGAUAGCUCCCUCAGUGAACCAAACCUCGUUAGUGUGGGUGGGGCCAGGACUGACGAGAUCCCUCCAGAUGUUCCCCGACCUUUCUCCUCUACUGCCAUACUAGAUCGGACCAGACAUCACAAGGCAGAGACACACUCCACAGGUACGCUGAGGAGUCAACCUGAGGAUUUGGACAGUUUGGAUCAAGCCUUCAAUGACCUACAAGAAGAAGUCACAUCAAGCCCCUCACCCACCGAGCGCCCCCCAGUGCGGAGAGCUCAGCGACCCCCUCAUUUAAACACCAGGCUACCCAAAUUAUCAACAGAAGAAACGCAUGCCAUCUUUGAAGAUAUCAUUACUGAUAUGCGAACGUUCUCGGACAAUAUAGACAGUCCCCUCUCCUCCCCCCACACACCUCACACUCCACUCACGCCUAACGCCCACACACCUCACACUCCACUCACGCCUAACGCCCACUUCAGUCACAUGCCAGAAACCAAGAGUGAAGUAACUGAGUCUAAAGAUCCUCCAACGAAUGGAACCAAAACUGAGACAGUGGAGCCUCCAAAGAUGUUGGAAUUGUCAGAUACUGAUACAAUGAAGAAAAUAAAGAAAAAGAUGUCAGCUGUGAAGAGAAUCAGCUCGCCACUUACCAAGGUACGAAGAAAGUCCGUCAGUGGGAAGGCAGAGGAGAAAGAAAAGCUGAAAGAGAAGCUUAGUAUGAUGAAACGACAAGUCACAAUGCCUGAGAUCCCAUUGGACAGGGGCAAGAUAUCGGGCAACGCUGUUGCUCUGGGUUUGGUGGCGCUUGAUCCGUUACCAUCAUGUGAGCCUGUGAACACGGCACUCAAACUCAUGGUGACCCUGUCCUCCAACAAGGAGUGCACUGCCACCCUUAUCUCCUACAUCUGUCUGCCCAAGUGUGAAGCAAAGUUGUUGAAGCUGGCGCAGGACAAGAGCACCACGCCAGAUAUGCUGACAGAUAUCGCCAUGCUCCUCCAGAACAUGUUUGCAUCGGGAGGAGGUGAGGGACGGAAGAAUGCUCUCAACUCAGGAGUGCUGGACCUCACCAUCAAACUACUGAAUGGCAGAAACCCUAUUCCUGGCACAUGUCUCUCACUCCUUAACAGCCUAUUGGUCAGCGAGGACGACACUGACUUCCUACGCACAAUCAUACGCAUUCCUACGGAUCCCCUUCUACUGUACCUUGAACCCUGUGAACCUCCGGAUGGUGACACAUCUCGCCGAGGGACAACAGUCUCCGUGGCAACAUCGGACAGUGGGCUGAGCCGAGGGAAAGCGCGUGGUACUAGUAUAGACUCGGAGAUCAGUGAAACAAGCAGCGGGCGUCAGGCACUCAGUCCCUCCCUCCAAGGACCGGCAGUGACACACCUCGAGGCCAAGAGGAUUGUCCUGAAGAUGCUGGCAGUGGCAAGCAACCAUCACAAGAUGCAGAAGCAGCUGUCUAACGAAAGAGCUGUUGGUCUUGUUGCCGACUGUCUCCAUGACCCUUCUCUAGAGAACGUCACCAACUCUGUCAUCACACUGGCCAACGUGGCACAGCACACAGGCAGCCAUAAACUGCUAAUUCAAAUGGAUCUGGUGGACAAGUUUGCUUUCCUCCUGUCCAACGGCCCGAGGCCUCGCUACCAUGCUGCCCGGGCUCUCGUCUACCUGGGCAAGCUCAACCUCCUCCAGGACUUCAGCCUCUUUGAGCCCACAGCUACUGGAUACGAAACUGAUGUUGUGGUGACAACCACUGACGGAGAUGGACAUGUGUAUGCUAGAGGUGCGACUAUUGAGAAGUGUGUAGAGUUCAUCACAGGAGACGUGCUACAGCUGUGGGGAGGGUUCCAUCUCUCCAUAGGCCCCUCCUCCUCCCCCACCAACGACCACCCACUCUCACCAAAGGCAACUAAAGAGCAAAUAAUCAACUUCUUCCUGACAACAUAUCAGUCGUUUGUUCGUCCCAUCAUUCUCAUGAGGCUCCUCCUACAUCGCUUAGCCACACCCAGACACCCGCAAAACCCGUUCAACUGGUGUUUACCCACCGAGACCUCCACACUACCACACUCUCCACAACACAUUGGCUACACAAUCCCGUCCACUCAAAUGUCUGUGUUGGCUCUGAUUGGUCACUGGCUUGAAUCGUUCCCCGAUGAUUUCCUGGAUUUCUCUGAGCUCCAACCAGAGGUAAACAAGGUCGUGAAGAGGUUACGACUGACGAGGGGUCCGUUCAUCCCUCACACCCAUCGUCUGCGCUCACUCAUGCAAGACCUGGGACGCCCACGCAACGAGAAACACAGCACGAGUGUGGAGGAGGAGUUACGAGUACCUCACCAUGACAACCUGUAUCAGCUGUGCAAGCAAAUGGUGACUGGCGGGCACUUGCCGGUAACUUUGGAUGAGGCUAUCUAUAUAUCAGCGCUACAGCUUCACAUUGAAGACGUCAAUGACCCCUUCUCCCACAUCGCCCCGUCCUCUCUUAGUUCAACUUUACCCAAGUCCAAGAAGGGGUUCACGAUGCGAAUGAAAUCAGCUCUUCCGAUUGGCUACACUAAAACCAAGACUCUCCUCAAGCGGGUCAAAGUACAGAUUGAACUAUUUGAGGAUCUCUCCGAGCGGAACUCCAAGCACCUGUACAUUGAGCGUUGUCAGAGCAACCCUGGCUAUGAUUGUACAUUCUUCAGUGUCAAAGUACCAUCAGGGGGGCGCUUUAAGAAGGGAGUACAGAAACAGCUGCUCGGCAUUAGUGGUAAGAGUGUCGUCUUUCUCGAGGAGAAGACCAAGGAGCUGGUGUCCUCCCACCCCCUCGCUGCAGUCCUGAGUGUCAGUAGAGAGAAUGACCCCUGUCAUCUCGUCCUUCAUCUCCGUGGUGACCCCACAGGGUGCAAAGUUCAAGCCGAGUCAGCAGCAGCUGCUCGUGAGAUAGCCAAUGUGCUGGAGCAGUGCCGAGAGGGAGAGGGAAUGUUGGAAGAUAGCGUGAUAAGAGAUCGUUGGUCAGAUUCCAUCCCCUCGUUGUUCACCAUCUCGUGUGGUGCGGGAGAACUAGACGAGUCUAUCUCCACGCCCACCUCCUCUCUUGAAAGAGGUGCCACGCCCCCACUGACAUCACAUGACCUCGUUAAGAACAUCCACUCCCCAUUUGAGAGCCCCCUAGCCAAUGGUGGCCUAACCCGCAAGUCUGACACCCUCAAGGCAUUCACACAGGACGAUUCGUUGGUCACUGAUCUCACUGAUAAUCGUAUAGGAGGGGUUGGUCAUGUACCAUUCUGUGACUGCCCCCCUGAUCCAGAGCUACCCGUUAACUCUAACCUGAAGCAUCUAACUUUGACUGAAGUUCUGAGCUGCCCUAUGGAGGUUGCCAGACAAAUGACACUCAUUGCUCACGGCCACUUUUGUUCUGUGAAGCCAGCCGAGCUCCUACAGAAGGUCAGCCUCAUUCCAAAGAUAUCAUCCACAAAGGGGGCUGUUUCCAAAGCAACGGAUCGAGGCAGCCAGUCGUCCCCUGGUGAAGACAAAGCCACUGCCAUUAAGAAACUGGCCGACAGGUUCAACCAGGUUGGCAACUGGGUGGCUCACAGCAUCUUACAGUAUGAGUACCUGGACGAGAGGGUGGAAGCUGUGCAACAGUUCAUCAAAAUCUCCAAGCAUUGUCUGGACAUGGGCAACACGAGUAGUGUGAUGGCCAUCGUUGUGGCGGGACUAGGCUCCUCCCCCAUACGACGACUGGCCGCCACCUGGGAAAUGGUGCCCAAAGCAGACAUGGAACUCUUCAAACGUAUGGACUCCAUUCUGGAAGAAAGGAAUAAUUAUAAGUGCUACCGGGAGAACCUGAAUAAUACGGAGACGCCGUCUGUCCCUUAUAUCGGAGUGUUUCUCAAGGACCUCACUUUUAUCUGUGACGGUAACCCUGACUACCUCCGAGGGGGCCUCAUCAACUUGCACAAGAGAAGACAGGUUUACAAGACGUUGGAGGAGAUCCACCAUUUCCAACAAGAUCACUACAAGCUUCACCACGUCCCAGAAGUACAGGAAUAUCUGCUGAGUCAUCAGCUCAUGCCAGCAGACGACCUUCACUCUCUCUCACUCACUGUAGAGCCACGGAUCACACGCUCAGCGUCCAAUCACGGCACUCGAUCGCUGUCUGCCAGUCAAAAGUCCUUUUUCAAAUUGACAAGAGCUAGCUCAGCCAGUGCGAGUAACUUACACAAAACUUAGUACUAUCUGACGUUUAUAUCACAUGUAUAACUAAUAACAAGAGAACUUCUCAUCAAGUUGUUAAUAUUCAAUCAGUUGUUUCAGCACUAUUUCUUCAUCAUUAAUGUUUGUAGAGUGACAUCACAACAAUAAUAUCUAAUUUAAAGUG